AUGCCCGGUUUAUGGGCAGCAACCACAAGCCAGACCAUUUCCAAAGUCCAUCCAGAGCCCACUGAAGAGCCACAGUACAUCCAGGGAUACCAACAAUAUUCCAUAACUUCAGGUCAUCAGCAAAUAAGAGCGAUGGUACCUCAAGCUCCCACGGCAAGUCAUUCACGUGGACCGAGAACAGCAACGAAUCUAGCACGUAGCCUUGCGGAACGUCGCUAA